AAAAACCGAGGGUUCAAACUAGCCAUAUAUAUAUAUAAGUCACGAAUUAUCAGAAUUCGGGCACUAUUGCCUUUAAUACCCACUGACCAGGAGAAAUUUGAAUAACAAAAGCGGAAAGAAAAGGACAAAAAGUUUGAUAUUUGAAUUUAGAACCUUGACUGCAUUGCAUUUCCCCGAUUUCUGUACUAAUUUAGAAAUCUUGAGAAAACUGCAGCAGCAGUCCCUUAUUAUGACAUCAAGCUUAAAAUUAAAACUAAUCUACAAAACUCAUUUGCAGCUUCAAUCAGACUGAAGAAAAAAAGACGCGUUAAUUCUGCAAAGUAAAUUGGCAAAUAGUGUUAUCAGUUUGGAAUAGAUAUUGGACCUUGCCGUAUACUAGCUCGCGUGUGUCAAAAAACGUGUCUAUUUGCUACAGCCAUAGGAGAGAACGCAACUUUUCGAAGAAAUAUAUUUGAGGUUUUGAAGAACAGAUCUCUUAGAACUCAAGUAUCUUGUUUAUGAAACAUAGCUAACGUAUAUUGCGUCAAGAGGAACAAAAACACCUGUCAUUAUAUGUUCGUGAAUAAUUGGAGAUAUAGUUGACGGCUGAUAAAUGGGGAGGAUGCCGCGUUAAAAGAAAUCAAAUUUACGAAGGAAGUUCGGAGCUGAAAGGAACAAAAUCCUGCUGCAUUAAGUAAAAUAUACAAACGACUUCAGCCCACCGCGCUGGCGCAGUUUUCAGAGAGAUGUGCGAAUGAUAUACACGACGAACUCGCUGGCCCGAAAGCUCCCGACGGUUCGUUAAAACGCUUAAUAUAAAAUUUCAUUGUUUGUCAUUUCAAGAGAAAGCAUCCGGACACUAGAGCGUCAACUCAACGCCAAAACAACGUUGUCCGAAGAGAAACGUCGCAGCGAAGAAGAAAAUUUCUGAAGGAAUUGAAUACGACUAACAACUAGCAGAAGGACUAAAACCGAGCAUCGAAAAAACUCAGAGAGGUAUAGCAAGCAAAUUGAAAUCAAAUAUAUAAAGCCUAAGCCCCGAAACCCCCAAACACCUGUAGCUUUAUACUAUGAUGAACAUGGAACUAACGAGAUUACAUGGAACGAAUCUGCCCAAAAUAAAAGUUAAUAAUUUUCAAUCCGACUUUGCGUCGCUCGAAAACCUCGAAGCCCCGAUAACGGGCCACGACAUUAUACCAGCGUGCAAGCGCCAUACAGUGUAUAAAAUAUACGUACACAACGCGAAAAAACAAGGCUGGUUCAUAACGCGCCGUUAUCGAGAGUUCUACAAAUUGAGGAAUGAUCUCAAAAAACUCUUUCCCGCCAAGGAAUUUAGCCUGCCGCCAAAGCGUUACUUUGGCGAUAAUUUCGAGCCGCGAUUUUUGAACAAUAGACGGCAGGGAUUGCAAGGGUUCUUAUACAUGAUAACGCGACAGAAAGAUGUACUCGCAUCCCCACCUGUGACCGAAUUUUUAGCACUAAACAACCCGCCUUCGGUCUUGGACGACGUUGCCCAGUGCAAAGCGGUCAUCGAGCAGUUGGAAAGCGAACUGACGAAGUUACGAAUGGCUAAAAACGAGCACAGCAACUCAAUUUCCACUACGAACGGGCAAAUAGCUGAACUUUACAAUCAAAAGCAGGCCGUCUUAGGAGCGUUGCGUUACGAACGGCAGCAACACGGAAGAAAGCAUUACCCAGGAGACGACUUGUCGUUGAUGUUUGAGUACCGAUCGCUUCCCGAAGUUUCCCGAGUCGACGUCAGCAGUUUUUUAGUUCGUAAACAAGUUGGUGGCAUAACACGAAAAGGGGACGAAAAAACACUACGCAAAGAUGACAACACGCGAGGAAGUCCACGAGAGGAAGUCCAAACACCAAACCGUCCCACGCGUACCUCGCGGGACGAAACCCCCGCAACAAAAAGGACUCGUACACACACGCCGCCGAUUUCGGAAUACAUGAGAAACGAUUCUAUGCACAAAGACCCGACGCGAAAAGGGCAACCUUACAUCGAGAUUCAAUGCCCGAAGUUCAGAGAUCGUCCACAAUUUUUAAGCAGCGACGACGUGUCUCCUAGCAACGGGGAGUUCAAGAGUUUCUACGAACGUCCAGCACGACGGAAAAGCAUGCCGGGGGCUGUGGAAUUACAUACGCUGAAUCACACGUUGAAAACGGGAAAUAAUAUGAAAGCUCCAGACUACGGGACGCGGCCAACGAGUCUAGCCGUGCCUGGAGUCGAGCAGGCUCGGCCCAGGUCCUAUAGCGCAAAUCCAGCGCACCCAGAUGAGAUAUUGGAAUCGGGAUUAAAGCACGCUUCUGUGAAGAGAGUUAGAAAACAAGCCUCUCUGGAAAGUCCGAGACGAAAUGUAGGCUGGUCGAGCUUGAAAGAUUUGCGAAAGUUGAAAAAUAAGGUAUAACUGGACUGAGUCGCGUUUUUAAUAGGACUCGCGACUAAAACAACCUUAUGGAACUGCAUUAAAGUAGUUUUGUAAAUACUCCUACAGCAUUAGAUAAAUCAACAGUGAUAGAACAUGACCGCGAUCAUCCGGAAUUUCGACGAACAGAAUCAGUCAAAAUAUAUACUCAUAAGAUAUCGCCCUUUUAGCAUGAAAGAUUACUUACUUAAAAAAAGCAAAAUCAUUCAGCAUGACAUGUGUAUCACUCAAAAUUCAACUUACUUGGU